AUGCAGGCUGCUCGUCGCACUGGAGCCCACCAUUCCGAGUUCGCUGGUAGUCCACCUGAAAGUUCAUCGAUGAUGAGCGUUGAAGCCUAUAAGCAGUCGAUUCAGGCUAAGCACAAUCAAGCCAUAAGCACCGCUGGAACGACCAAUGGCCACAAGGGCAUCAAUUCGACCAGUCCUAAUAAAGACGCAGGCAACAAAUCCGAGGAGAACUCGAUGCCACCACCCUCCAGUCGCAACGUAGCAACCCAACCUUCAACGCCACAGUCCUCUGCUAGUGCGAACAAGACGACCGAAUCCACACCUUUGCCAACGAUAGUUGCCCCUUCACCUAACCUGAACCAGCCUUUACGCCCUGCUUCUCGAAACGACCAUAACCAACUAUCGGGUGGGGCUGCUGGGGGCAUGUGCUCAGGCAAUGACCAGGCAACCGCUACCUUGCCUCCCAGUCAAUCACUGACUGGAAGAGUCAUGUCGAAUAACGACAAUGAAUCCAAGUCGAAUGCCACACCGGGCGAUGUCCAUCGUGUGAAUGAAUCCAUGGAAGCCUCGGGUGGUAUUGAGCAUGGUAACGACAAGUCGAUGUUCUCAGACAAGUCGAUGUUCUCAGACAAGUCGAUGUUCUCAUCAGAAGAUGCUUCCAAGUCCCACGAAAAAUCAGGCGGUUUAUGGUCCUUAGAUUCCAAUGUUAACGGCCAGCAGCAUCAAAAUCUGAACAACAAUGGGAACGUGCAAUCAAACAUUUCAUCCUCGGCUAACACCGGCCAAAACUUGACUUCAGACGAGAUGAAUGCGGUUAAUAAUAGCAACGCCAUGGAGCAGCUGUUUAGUAGUUCAGACCCGCUCAAUUUCGACAUUGACUCGAGUUUUUUUGAUGCCUUCAUCAAUAUGGAUCAGAGCAACUCAGACCUAGCAAAUCCCGACUUUUCCUAA